AUGGCGGAUUCUACUCGCGUCAGCGAGCAAGAAAUCGAGCGCCGCGAAGGGUACAUCCGUGCCGGACACAGAGAACGCCACAUCAUCGAUCCGUUCACCUGGAGCUAUCCGUGGAAGGGCGCCGGUGUGAUGUUCGGCCUCUCGAUCGCGUCCGGCUAUCUUCAGAACAGAUGGAACAAGAAACCAUACUAUUACGGUGAGUUGAAUUGAAAAACAUUGUCGGUUUUGAUGCCUCGUCGCGUUUUUAACAUUCUCGCCGAAAGUUACCUGUAAAUUUAUAGUUUUUCCUAAAGUUAGCACAAUUUUUCAAAAUUUCGCAUUUUCACAUUUUAUCCAAAAAAGACAAGAUUUAUCAAUGCUUCAGCAAUCGUGCCACGUCUCCUGCUCGUCGGAGCCGUCACGGCGAUCGGAUACGGUGCCGGAGCCCUCCGCGAGCGUCACUAUCAGACGAGAGACGCCGUCAUCGAGCACUACAUGAAACUGCACCCGGAAGACUUUGACCACUUUAAUGAGCGUCAGUUUUCAUAGAAUUUUGCUCAAUUUCAUGGAAAAAUUCUUCCGAAAGUCGAUUUUCUAUGAUUUUUGUACAGUUUCUGCAAUUUUCCUCGAAAUACACGUUUUUAUUACAGGCAGUGGCCGUUCGUUCUCUCAAGUCCUUUUGCCGUGGUAUCCUCGCAGAACGCAGUACACCAAGUACGAUUGA